UUCAUUCCCACAAUUAGGGUCCUUGCACCAGUUAAGCUUUUGUGUAAAAGGAACACCACACAAACCUUAGACAAAAGCCCCUUUUUUUGGUACAUCAACUACCAAGUAUUGAGCCAUGAAGGUUGGGAGCCAGAUGAAGCAGAUGGGGAAGCUCAACAAGGCGCUCAAGGAGCAGAGGGCCAAGCUCUACAUCAUCCACCGCUGCGUCGUCAUGCUCCUCCGCUGGAGUGAUUGAUCCAUCCGUCGAUCUGUUCACCACAGAUCGAUAGAUGAUCAAUCGUUUGUUUCAGCCGAUCAAUCCCUCCUGUUUUGGAUCUUUUUUUGCCCCGCCGAUGAUGCAUUCGGCGGGGUUGCAGAUUCCAGCGGCAUGGCCGAUAUGUAGUGCAUGCAUGGAUGAUAUUCAUUCAUGAUGCAUGCAUUGCGCUGCCUAUGUUCGCAUUUUAGGAGGGAUUGAUCGGUUGAUGGGUUGAGAUUUUCAUUUCCAUUUGUUUUUUCACUUGCUUCUCUGGAGGCAGGGGUGUGAGGAGAGGACGCCGGACCACUCAGCUACAAAUGUUCAUUUCGUUGCUGGGACUCCAGUUCAAUUGGCUACAAAUGCUGGCGAUGCUGAUCACACGCAUGAUUCUGAAGAAGAUCGAAGAUAAGAAGAAGAUUAAAUAAGACGCUGAUCUCAUGGAUUAUUCUGCUGGGAUGUUGCUUUUCGUUCUGAUCCUUGUAUUGUAAUGUUGCUGUCCAGGACAUGGUUUCUGUUCUUGUGGUUGUAGUGUAGCUGGUUUACCCCAGCAUGAAGAUUUUAUCUUUCGGUUAAAUAAAAAUAAAAGCUGGGCUGUGAAGCCUAUUUUUACUUCUAAGAAACAUUGAUUUCUGAAG